AUGGAAGAAAAUAAAGCAAAUCAAGAAAGGGAGUUGUUCCACAUUGAUAAAACUUCAAAUAAGGAUUCUCUGAAAGUAGCCAGUCGAAUUGAGAACAGAACAAACCAAUUUUUAAACAACAAAGAUGCUGAUGGUCUUGGAAAUAACAGAAGUGAGCACAAUGAAGCGAGCAGGAAAGAGAUCAAGAACAACAAGUUUGCAAAGAACAGAAAUUAUGAAGUCAAUGAUGAGUCUGACAUUACUAAUGCCAAAGGCAUUCCGGCUGAGAAGAUUGAGCACACUAUUAAUCAAGCACAAUCAUUGUGGGAAGAAGAAAUGACCAUUAUGGACUACUAUGAAAUUUUAAAGAAUACCAAGUUUGAGCUCUCUGAUUUCCCUCUUCUUCAAGAACUUAUAAAUUCUGACAAAGAUCACAACAUUUUAUUAGCAGUAGUUGGGCUGAGGAAAUUGAUAACACUUGCUGACAAUCCUCCGAUCCAGAAUGUAAUAGACACGGACGUGUUGUCUCAGCUAAUUACUUUGGUUGGUAGGAAUGAUAUUCCUAAAAUUCAGUUUGAAACUUUGUGGUGUCUUACGAAUAUUGCUGGUGGUAAAACAGAACAUGUUCAGGCUCUAGUUGACAAAGGAACCAUACAAAUAUUUACUAACUUGCUUGGAACCAUUCAGAAGAAUGAAUUAGGAGAAGAGAUAUUCCACUGUAUUCACCCAAUGGAUAUUGUUGAUCAGAGUAUCUGGGCUUUAGGAAAUAUUGCUGGCGAACAUGUGAAUUACAAGGCUUUGAUAUUGAAGGAAGGAGUUAUUAAACCCCUAUCCAAUAUUCUUAAGAAUGUAGAACCAAACUCAAUAAUGGCUAAGAAUUGCAUAUGGUGCAUCUCUAAUUUGUUGAGAGACAGGCCUUUUCCAAAAAUCGAUGAGCUUUUAUAUAUCAUUCCGAUUAUAAAUGAGUUCUUUAAAAUUAAUGACAUAGAGGAGAUAAUUAUUGAAUGUGCAAGAGCUAUUUCCUAUAUCUCAGAUGCAGGAGAGCAGACAAUUAAUAAGAUGCUCAAGCUGGGAAUGGCAAAAAUACUUAGUCUUCACCUUAACUCAUCCAAUGUUAAAAUAAUAUUUCCAUUAGUGAGAACACUUGGAAACUUUGUGACAGGAGAUGAUGAAGAGACUCAAUUUGUCAUUGAUGAAGGAGUGUUGCCUAACCUUCAUACUCUGUUAUCCCACCCAGAUAAAGUAAUUGUAAAGGAGGUUUGUUGGGCAUUAUCUAACAUUUGUGCUGGAACAAUCAGCCAGAUUUCAGAAUUGAUAGAACUAGGAGUCAUUGACAAGAUGAUUGACCUUUGCCAUGAUGAUGACCAUAACAUUCAGAGAGAAGCUGGCUGGGCCAUUUCUAACACCACUACUUUAAGAGAUCCCGACAUCGUUUCAGAAAUUGUGAAGAGUAAAGGAAUCGAAGCUUUAUGCUAUUUAUUAAAAAGUAAGAUUGACAUCUGAACAAAAUGAAUUCUUUUGGAAGGAAUCAGAAAUUGCCUUGAUGUUGGCCAACAAAGUUUGACCAAUGAGGAAGGAGAGAACCAAUUUGCUUUAAUUGUGGAGAAUUGUGGAGGCCUAGAUACGAUUGAGAGCUUUUAUACUCACGAAGAUAGUAAACUUUACAAACUCUCAGAAGAGAUUAUUGAUUCAUACUUCCUAACAGAAGUUAAUCUUGACGUAGAAGAAGAUAUGAUUCAGCAUUUCUAAGUUUAUUAUUAACUAGAUAUUAAUGAAAGCAUAGAAUGCCCAUAUCAAUUUAACAUUUC